CCACGUGCCAAGACAACGUGUGCACACAAUACAGCGCCACAGCAGCACGACUUUGUUCCUCACUCAUCGCACAUCUCACAUUGCACAUCGCAAGCAGCACAAAGGGAGGAUGAAGCCGCUGUUGUCUGGUGUGGAUGAGGUGGCGGCCAAUGUGGCCAAUGCCCUGGUUGUAGACGAGCGAUUGGCAGCGGAUACGCUGCGGUCGCUGACAUCUGCGUUUUCUCUCACAGCCAAGCAGCUGCACGUCGACAACAGACAGGCAUCCAUCCAACACAAACUCAUGACACAUGGCUUCGAUGAGGAGCAAAUUUGGGCGCAAAUCGAGCUGAUGAACGAGCCCAUCUUCGACAUGCUGUCAUCACAGUUGGAGGCGACACAGCUUGAGAGCGCGCGCACCGAUGUGGCCACACUCUAUGAACAGGAGGAUCGCGAUGAGGACGAGGCCGCAUAUGAGGAUGCAGAAGGGUUUGACGACGAAGGCGCCGCCCUUGAAGAUGAGGAGGAAGAUGAGGGUGACGAAGAGGACGUGGAUAAGGCGGGAACCGGCGAGGAUGAGCACGAGAGCGACACAGAUGCAAAGGCGCUCGGUCUUGACGAUGAUGAUGACGACGAGUUUGAGGGCAUGACCGACGAUGACGACGACAUGUCUGGGGACGAGGAGUUGACGAUCGAGGACCUUAAGAAGAUGACCAGCUUCCAGCGGCACCAGCACGAGAUCAAGAAGCAGAUUCAGGAGCUCGAGCAGGAAAAUGUCGCAGAGAAAACGUGGCAGAUGAGCGGAGAGGCGGAUGCGCGCGUGCGGCCGGAGAACAGCCUGCUUGAGGAGUUUCUCGAGUAUGACCACGUGACAGCACCGCCGCCGCCAAUGACAGAGGAGCAGACGGAGAAGCUUGAGGACGUGAUCAAGCAGCGCAUUGUCGACAACAUCUUCGACGACGUCGAGCGCCGCUUCGAGGAGGAUCUGGAGAAUGAGCAGAAGCAGCUGCCGGAUGUACUCAAGGAGAAGUCAAAGCUCAGCCUCGCCGAAGUCUACGAACAGGACUUCCUCGAGGCGACGCAGGGCGCUGUGACGAGCGCUGCUGAGCGGCGUGUGCAGCGGCAGCACAAGGCGGUGAAGCAACUCAUGAUGUCGAUUGAGGACGAGCUCAAUGCGCUCACCAACGCACACUAUCUCCCGAUGCGGCCCAAGGAAGAUCUCUCCAUCUCCACAUCCGCUCCCGUUGUCACCAUGGAGGACGUGACGCCGACUGCUGUUGGCGCGAACGAGCAGAAGGCGCCCGAGGAAGUUGCGAAGAAGGAGCUUGUUGCGAUUGGCGAGGAGGAGGCGACCGACACGGACCGCAAGCGCGAGCGCAGGAAGAAGAAGAAGAAGCAGCACGACGACCGCAUUCGCCGCGAAAAGUUUGAGGACAAGCUCGACCGCGGACAGGCGACGGAAAGUGCGGCAAGCGCGAAACAGCGCGCUCUGACAAAGCUCAAGGACAAGGCCAAGCAGAACGAGGCGAACAUUACCAUCCUGGACGGGUCUGUGAGCGUGGACGAGCAGCUUGCAAAGAACAAGAUCUUCCAGAGCCUCAAGCGACAGGUGGAGAAGGAGGCCGAUGCCAUCACCGGCGCAAGAAAGAAGAAGGCAAAGCGGUCCUCAAAGUCUGGCGCGGCCAGCUACAAGCUCUAGUGGUGCCUGCCUUUUCCCUUAUUGGUUGUUGUCAGUCAGUGUUGUUUGGUUGUGACAUGGUUGUUCCUCGGUGUUGCUGUUUGGUGUUGUUCUGUUCGCUAGCAGUGGUGUCUGUCACGCAUGACGUCUAGUUCUUUUGUACAUUGCACCUUAUAUUCGCGCGCAUGGCAGCACACUGUGCGUGCCCUCGACCCCUGCCUCUCCUGCCCCCCUCAAUGAACGAACUAAGCCAAGA